AUGGAACAAUCAUCGCCAGUGCAGAAUGUCAAAUCAACAAAAACAUUAUCGAUGAAUAACCUAACGAAAAAUUCAAUGGAAGAGGUGGCAGUGAUAAUCGAAAACUUUGAUGUGAGCAUACGAAAGGCAUAUCAACUGCCAGAACCACCACCUAAUCCGCAUAUAAAAGCAGCUAAAGAAUUGGCAGCGAAGAUUUGGUGGACCUUCUCAAUCUUAAUUUCUACUUACAUGGUUCCUGGUUCAAUUCUAUUAUUAGCACAUCAUCAUAAAGUUAUUCCAGGUGCGGAAGUAGCCAUCGUUUCGAUAUAUCUCUCAUUUGAUCUUGGUUUACGCGUGGCAUUUGGAUUUGCUGCUGUCACCCAAAACGACGAAAGUUUAUUCUGGAAAUUCGUAGUUUCUCUACUGCUAAUGAUCGGUAAAGAAGAUUUGGGUCAUUUACAUGAUCAAUUAUUUGAAACAGUAUCAUGCGACAUAUUGGACAUUUUAACCGUAAUUAAUGCUGGCAUGACAAUACCCUUUCAUAUAUGGACAACAAGAGAGCCGGUGAAUUUUGACUGCCAAGUUCUGGUAAUUACGCUUUUGGCAGCUGCGUGUUUCCUGGUGAUUAAGUGUAUGACGCUUUUAAUUUUUUUCAAAUUUGAACCUUUUGAAUAUUAG